AGCAUACGAUCCGUGCGAGCUAGCAGUUUAGAACUCAAGUUGGAGGAUUGAUCGUGAAGUGGCAAUAUUACUGCCACCGGGGCCUUCUCGGUUGUUUGUAGGCGGCAAUCAGGCGAAUCAUUAAUCGGGAUAUCUGAAUAUCAAAUUCGUCAUACGUAACGAACACCAGCACUUCAGUCUACUAAUCUGAUCAAUAAUAAUCCAUUGUUUUUCGUCAUCAUAAAGUUUCGUGUAGUGCGUGUAGGAGAAGAGCAAGGGGAAAGAGAGGCGCAAAAAUAAAUGUGAACAACUUCUGCAGCUGCAGUGUAAUCACUAGGAAGCGUACGUGAGCGGAGCGCAGUUAAACUAAAUUAACUCACCCAAAGCAGGAACAAAAUGGAAGUAGAACCUGAGGUGGGAGCAGAACACCUGAUAGAGGAGCAAAUGUUUGGGGUUCUGGAUGUCGUGCUGUUACUUUCAUUGCUGGGUCUUGGGGGUUGGUGGCUACUUAAGAAUAGACGGCAGCCGGAAGAACCUUCAGCCACAAAGUCAUAUUCUAUUCAACCAACAAAUCUUGGAACUCAGUCCACAGACAACUCAUUCAUCAAGAAGCUGAAAAGUUCUGGAAGGAGUUUGGUUGUAUUCUAUGGAAGCCAGACUGGUACUGGUGAAGAAUUUGCUGGAAGACUUGCCAAAGAGGGUAUUCGCUAUCAUCUCAAAGGCAUGGUGGCUGAUCCUGAGGAAUGUGACAUGGAAGAGCUAACAAACCUGAAGGACAUACCCAAUUCUCUAGCUGUAUUUUGCUUAGCUACGUAUGGUGAAGGAGAUCCCACUGACAAUGCUAUGGAGUUCUAUGAAUGGCUUCAGAAUAGUGACACAGAUUUCACUGGUCUUAAUUAUGCUGUAUUUGGACUUGGAAACAAGACUUAUGAGCAUUACAAUGAAGUGGCAAAAUAUGUAGACAAGCGACUGGCUGAGCUUGGUGCAACACGAGUUUUUGAACUUGGUUUGGGAGAUGAUGAUGCAAAUAUUGAAGAUGAUUUCAUCACAUGGAAAGACAGAUUCUGGCCAGCAGUUUGUGAAUUCUAUGGUAUUGAAGCUACAGGCGAGGAUGUGAGUGUGAGGCAGUACAGACUUACAGAGAAUCCUGAUGUUGGUAGUGAUCGUAUAUACACUGGUGAAGUUGCACGUCUGCACUCACUACGAAACCAGAGGGCGCCAUUUGAUGCAAAAAAUCCAUUCCUUGCAACGAUCAAGGUAAACCGAGAAUUGCACAAGAGCGGUGAACGAUCCUGCAUGCAUAUUGAGUUUGACAUUGAGGGCUCCAAGAUGAGAUAUGACACUGGUGAUCAUCUUGCUGUGUACCCUGUCAACAGUGAAGAGUUGGUGAAUAAACUGGGAGAGUUGCUUAAUGUGGACUUGGACACAGUGAUCAUUCUCACCAACACAGAUGAGGAAUCAAGCAAGAAGCACCCAUUCCCAUGCCCAUGUUCAUAUCGUACAGCACUGACACACUACCUGGACAUAACCUGUAACCCACGCACACACAUCCUUAAAGAACUUAUUGAAUACACUAAGGAUCCUGAGGAACAAGAGAAACUCCGUUCCAUGGCUAGCACAACUCCUGAGGGUAAGGAGUUGUAUAACCAGUGGAUUAUUCAGGACAACAGGAAUAUUGUGCACAUUCUUGAGGAUCUCAAGUCAUGCAAACCUGCACUGGAUCAUUUGUGUGAACUACUACCCAGACUACAGGCUCGCUACUAUUCCAUUUCAUCUUCACCCAAGGUGUAUCCUACAACUGUGCAUAUUACAGCCCUCUUGGUUCAAUAUGAGACUCCAACAGGUCGAACAAACAAAGGAGUUGCUACAAGCUGGCUUGCAACCAAGAUGCCAUCAGAAGGAGGAUUGCCCGUCACUGCACCAAUUUACAUCCGAAGGUCCCAGUUUAGAUUACCAACAAGGGCACAGACUCCCAUUAUUAUGAUUGGUCCAGGAACAGGCCUGGCUCCCUUCCGUGGUUUCAUUCAGGAACGAAAUCAAUUGAAAGAGGAAGGUAAAGUUAUUGGAGACACAAUUUUGUAUUUUGGCUGCCGUAGGAAGGCCGAAGACUUCAUUUAUGAAGAAGAGCUCAAUGAAUAUGUCAAAAAGGAUGUCCUUACGAUGCAUGUAGCAUUUUCAAGAGAUCAAGCCCAUAAGGUCUAUGUGACCCACUUGCUGCAGAAGAACAUGGAUGAAAUAUGGAGAGUCAUAGGAGAAAACAAUGGCCAUCUGUAUGUAUGUGGUGAUGCAAGAAACAUGGCACGAGAUGUACAUGACCUUGUACUCAAAGUUGUUCAGGAAAAGGGGUCUAUGACAGAAAGUGCUGCACAAGAUUAUGUCAAGAAGAUGGAAGCACAGAAGCGAUACUCAGCUGAUGUAUGGAGCUGAACAAGAUAGCUAUAAUGAAUAGUAAGAAAUCAACAAUGCUGCCAAGAAAACAGAAAACUUGGAUACCAGAUACAAAAAUAGGAGCAGAAAUUAAACUACUUGUAUAGCUGCCAAAUUCUAAUGUCACCAAUAUUUUCUUGGCUUUAUUUUCCCCCUGAAGAUAUAAUUGACUGGCAGCAUACUUCAUGUACCUACUGAAGCCAUUUAUAUUUUAAGUUUGAGCAGUGUGCAUGUAAAUCAAAGACAUUUAUUAAAAAGUAUAUACUGGAUUACUGCAUGGCACUGCUGAGAGAGAAUGUUCUCUCAUGAAGAUAAGCAAAUGUCAUUCACUCAUAUAAUAAACAUCUUUUAUGAGAACACCAAUAUCAUUAUUUUCAAAGUAUGAUUUGCUCUUCUAUUCCAAACAUUAAAUAAAAUUCAGCACAAUCUGAGCAAAGGAAACGGGAAUCCUUUUCUAAAGUAAUGCCAAUAGAAAUACUUUCCUACUUACUACAGACUGUACAUCCAGUAAUGUUUGUCAGAGUAAAUGUGACCAACCAUAUAAUGAAUUAAAAUUGUUUGCCUGUGACUGGGAAUCCUGUCUUCUAUAGUGAUUUCAAUUUCAGUUGUUUGAGAACUUUGAAGUGCUCUAAUCUUUCUCUGUUCAGUGCAUACUACAACUGCACCCAGUAAUUAAUUAUAAGUAUCUUCAUCGGGUUUAUUUAAAUCCACUAAUUACGUUAGGGAAGUUCAUGGUCUUCCAGAAUUUCUUUGAAAUAGUAAAGACUACUGAGGAUAUAAGUGUCAUAUGUAGUUAAACUUUUAAUCAAGGCAGUCUUUUAUUAAUGAGCCGGAUAUCAGAUGUUAUAAUAAAAUGCAUUUAUGCUGUCAUGUAAAGCAGGAGUUACAGUGGAUUAAUAUGAAACAUAAUCAAAGAGGGGGGUAAAAAAGAAACUGUUAGUCUGUACCUCCUGGACCAAAUUUCAUCCAAAUUCAUGAUAUUUGCCUUUUCAGUAGUAGCAUUCUGACAUUAGAAGUGAGAUUUUAGAUAGUAAAUUUUAGAUGCACUGUCUCAUGUAGGACUUCGAGAUUGUAAAGGCAAACUCCAAGAAUAUAUACUCUUAUUCAUUAUUUUCAGUCUGUUUCACUUAAUAGGCUAUGAAGACAUGUUUUGUACUGAAGUCAAUGGUAAUAAUACUAAGGCUAUAAAAAUUCUAAAGUGGAAGGAGACUUUGUGAAUUCUUCAAUAUUUGUAAAAGUGAGAAGCACCCAAAUGGGGAGUAAAAGUGAGCAACUGGGAAAGUUAUUUUGCAGUAAGAACAAAGACAUGGGCUGAUCCAGGUGCAGCAUACUAUGGAUUAUAUUCAUAAAUAAAUAUAGUGAAGUCAUAAUUUAUAUAUACAGUAUAUUCUAUAUUUUCAUAAUUUCAUUUCCACUUUAAAUAUGAGGAAUAUGAUUUAUAUUUUUAAGUAUGACGGUGAUGUUCAUAUUCAUAAACUGCUGUGUAGGACCUCAUCUUGUGGUCAUUUUAAGAGAGGCUGUGUAAUACCACAAGUGAUAUGUCAAAGUCAACACAUGUUGCCAGACAAAUUAACUGUUUUUAUAUAUACAUAAUAUGUCUGUUUAUCAUCAUCUAGAACUUUAUGGCAUUUUGAUAAGUUUCUUCAGAAUUAUUUAGACUAUUCAGGACAAAUAUUACCAAGAUCAUAAUGCCUUAUUUAUAUGCAGGGAAGGAGUGUGUGUGAUGAGCAUAUUUUUACUGAACUGUUGGUCACAAUCAUUCAUCAUAAUCAUUAUUUCAUCAUUCUAGCCUGUUGCCAGAUGAUAUGAGCUAAAUCAUUCUUUUAUGUGCAUAUAUUUUGAAUAAAUAUCAAUCUUAAAGGAUUACUAA